AUGCGCGGCCCUGAGGUUGCGUGGAUUACGAUCUCCGAUGCGCUUGAAGGGGAGAUCCGGGAGGCAGCAUCAAAGAUGGAAGAGGAAAUCAACCCUUUGGCCGCCGAUGGCUUUUCUCUCGAGGACCAACCGCUUCGCUUUGACCGGCGCCCCGUCCCGGCCUCACGCAGCGCCCCCUCCAUCACCGGCGGCCCCUCGCCCGAAGCGUCGCGGAAACUUCUCGCCGCGCGAUCUUGGGCCGAUCCUUCCAAUUGCGUAGACGAGUAUACCGAGACCGCGACCAACUGUGCGGCCCUCCAGUCCGCCGUCAACUCCUGCGUCGGCGUGCUCGACAACGGCCAAGUCGCGCUCGAGGACGACCGCUUCGUCAACUGCUUCUGCACGACGGACAUAUAUGUCGGCCUCGCCGCCUGCCAAAACCAACACCGACAAUGUCUGCGGGAUCUCGUGAUGGAUGGUCAAUUCAACCGCUACAAGGACCACUGCGCCAGCACAUCACUCGAAAGCAUGUUUACGAUACCCGAUUGGGCUUUUGUAGAUGCCAAGGUGGACGCGCCCGAGACGGUGCCCUUUGCCGAUUUCCCCUUGACGUAUAACGACGUUCCGACCAUUACCAAUAUAUCACCUUCGGAUAUCGGCGGUAGCUGUCACGGCGCGCAACACCCUCUUUUCCCCUUCUCCGCCUUCGUGUACCUGCCCGCCAUCACCCCCAUCGCCGAAUCCUACCACCGGUCCCUCAGCGAGAUCAACCUCACCGUGACCGUGUACCAGAUCAUGCAGGCCGUCGCGCCUCUCUUCUUCGGGGACCUAAGCGACCAAGUGGGCCGUCGCCCCGUGUACGCGCUCACCUUCCUCAUCUAUCUCGGCGCCAACAUCGGUCUCGCGCUCCAAGAUAACUACGCUGCCCUCAUGGUCCUCCGCGCCCUCCAAAGCACCGGCUCCAGUGCCACUGUCGCCAUCGGAAACGCGGUUAUUGCUGACAUCGCCACCAGCGCCGAACGCGGCGGCUACAUCACGGCCGUGAGCGCCCGCAAAAUUGUCGGCAACGGCUCUAUACCACCACCAAAAUUGAACUCCUCACUGAUAACCCUCAUGAGGAACCGUCGCCUCCGUAAGGACCCUGAGCUCGGCCGCACCUCCUCGGCAGCUACUCCGCCGGCGAAAAAGCCCUUCAAGAUACCAAUCCCCAACAUAUGGGCAGCCAUAGUCAUCAUCUUUGAAAAGGACGUGGGCCCUCUCAUGCUCUUCAUGUCCCUCUUUGUCAUGGCCAACUACGCCAUGCUCGUCCCUCUCCAAGACAUUGUACGGCGCCAAUACGGCUUCAACGACGUCCAGGUCGGCCUCUGCUUCAUCCCCUUCUCCGCGGGGGCCAUCGCCGGUUCAGCCGUCGUGGCGAAGCUCUUGAACUGGAACUACGCCCGCGUCGCCCGUAGCAUCGGUGUCUCCCCGACCGAAAGCGCGGAAACGACAUGA